AUGUCGGAUAAUGAUGAUAGCUCAAAUGAAACUGCUGAUCUUGUUGUCAAGGCGCUCAAGAACAUAGCUACAAGAUACCAGAGUGUAGACCUUCAUGCUGCCAGUAGACAGCCCCCCUGGGACGUUGACGCGGAGACGUGGGUUCAUGAUAACUGGAAAUUCGCAAGACAGGAAGCUCUGUCGAUCGACGAAAUUAGCACUCUGAAUGAUCUGCUCUGUCAAAUGCAAACGCGCCAUCUACCUUCAUUACAACAACAACUCGUCAAUCUCUCAAGAUCACUAGACCUACCCAAUUUACCAAACAAUCCGAAUCCAAAGCUUGAGGAUACUCUAGAGAUCCUUUCCCAACUCGGCGACAGCUUGGAUCAAAUCAAUACUUUCGUCCAUUCCAUCGCCCCGAUUGUUGUCAAUCCAUUACAACAGACCGGCAAGGUUGAUCAUCAUUUCAGUGGUUUGAAAAAUUAUCGAUCUCGUGAGCUGAUCGAGAAAUUCAAUAAUUUGGAGAGAGAAAGUCUCAAGUGGCUAUUCGACAGUCUUCGCCGUUUCAUCCGAGCUAGCCCCAAGGAUCCUUGGACAAUUUUGAAUGAUGAAUCGAUUCUAGGUUCCCUCGGAAAGGAUGUGAUCGAAGCAAUAGACCAAUCCUACCACGCAAUCAGUGAAAUCAUCAAAUGGUCCAAACAAUCCGAUUUCAGUAUUCUUCAAGACGAGUGCCGACGCGAUGCAAACAAUCUUGAACCGAUUCUGGAAGGGCUCAACCGACGAAUCGCAUUGACAACCCGAUUAGAGGAACAGCUUAGACUGAUUGAUGAAGGAGAAUUUGACACUGACUCUUCCAGUGCCAGUGGUGAUGAAGAUGACGAAGAAUCUGAGACGAGCCUUUCGACUGACUCCUCUGAACAGAUUUUCUUAAGGCCGUCACUCAUGAAGCUUGCUAAAACGACUAUCCCACUCAUCAAGUUGCUCAGAAUAUUUGCCAACAAGCUGUCAAACACUCCAACAAGCAAAGCACCAUUUACAUUUGGUACCAAGCUGAGUUCCGCUGAGAUCCGCGAGAUCGAUUGCGAAAUUGGCGGACUCAGUUGUAGCAUCAGGAAUCUUUUGAACCUCAUUUUUUAUAUGUUCGAUCGCGAUAAGUAUGUGGAUGAUAUGAAAAAUCUUGAACAACAUCUCAAGGAGCUCCCCCGUCAUUUUAAUACCUCUAUAGUCUUGUUAUGCUGUUAUCUUCUACCUGUAAACGAUCAACUUGAUCUUCCAAUAUCCGGAAAUCUCUUCAAAACUUGGUUUCUUACUUUAAGAGAACAAUUUGACUUGGCGUACGACAAUUUCAGACAGGCUUUUUCGCGCUUUAAAGAAGAAAUCCAAGCAUAA